AGCAAACGUAUAUAAUAAGAUUAACUUGUACAAAAUCAUAAAUUAUUGUAUAACCUCAAAAAAAAAAACUACAAGAGAGAAGAAACUACAACUACACGCUCUAUUCUAACUUUUUACUAAUUCUUAUUUAUUUAUUUUAUUUAUUUGUUUAUUUGUUUGUUUGUUUACAAAUAAUAAAUAAUCAAAUAAAAUGAUGCAAAGAUUAAACAAACGUAUUUUGAAAUAUCUCAACAUGUAUAGGCAUGUAAAUACAUGGUCACCUUUGGCAACCGCAUUUAAUUCUAUUAGAAAAGUCGAGCAUGGAUUAGAUUUUUCCAAAAAGGAAACUGGUUUGUUCUGUAUACCCGAGCUCAAAGAUGCCAAUGGAUUUCAAACGCUAAAAGAUCAAGUUUUUGCUCAAACGGAUUCGCUUAUAGCCGAGGCUACUGAUGUUAAGAGAAAAAGAAAUAUGGUUGAAAUAUUUGAUGAAUUGUCUGACACUUUAUGCAAAGUUGCAGACUUGUCAGAAUUUAUUAGAAUUGCACAUCCAAAUAUAGAGUUUGUUGAAGCCGCAGAAGAUACUUCCAUAUCAUUAAGUAGUGUAGUUGAAAAACUUAAUACUCACAGUGAAUUAUAUAAUGCAUUGCAGCAUGUUGUAAAGAAUGGAGACAUUUUUAAAACUUCUCCCAUCGAUGAGCACGUUGCUAAACUAUUUUUGUUCGAUUUUGAACAAAGCGGUAUUCAUUUGCCGGAAGAACAAAAACAACAAGUUGUCAUGUUAAAUGAUGAUAUCCUGCAAACAGGUCAAAAAUUUAUGGCUGGCACUGUUAAUGCACGCUCUGUAAGAGCUGAUAUUUUGCCAGAAAAUAUCAGGAAAAAUUUUCAGAUGGACAAUGGUCAGAUAUUAGUAAAUGGACUUUAUACAGAUUCACCUAAUACUAUUGUUCGUGAGGCAGCUUAUAAAUUGUUCUUAUAUCCUGAUGAACAACAAGAUUAUUUAUUGAUCAAGCUUUUAAAUUGUAGGCAUCAAUUGGCACAAACAUGUGGAUUUCCUACAUACGCUCACAGAGCUGUAAGAGGUAGUACAGUGCAAACACCCGAAGCAGUAAAUGAUUUUCUUAAUAUUUUGAAUAAUGACUUACAAAGUAAAGCAAUGCAAGAUUUCCAAGAAAUGCAAAUAAUGAAAGAUGCCGAGUCGUCGUCCGUGAAACAAAAUUUGAUGCCAUGGGAUACGGCUUAUUUUAUGUCACUAGCUAAAAAGACAUGGUUAAAUACUUCAAGUAAUGAAUUUGUUCCAUAUUUUUCUCUCGGUUCUUGUAUGGAUGGUUUAAAUUAUCUUGUGCAAGCAUUAUAUGGAAUACGACUAGAAUCUGUAGCAACUUUAUCCGGUGAAGUUUGGGCACCAAAUAUACAUAAAUUAGCUGUGAUAGACAAGGAUGAAACUACAUUGGGUUACAUUUAUUGCGAUUUCUUUGAAAGAAAAGGAAAACCUAAUCAAGAUUGUCAUUUUGCUAUUAGAGGUGGAAAACAGUUAUCAGAUGGAUCUUAUCAGACUCCUAUAGUUGUUAUAAUGUUAUCCUUAUCGCCCCCUCGAUGGUCUAAUCCAUGUUUACUAAAUCCAUCCUCGGUUGAUAAUUUAUUUCAUGAAAUGGGACACGCGUUACAUUCUAUGUUAGGCAGAACAAAAUAUCAACACGUAACAGGUACUAGAUGCAGUACGGAUUUUGCAGAAGUACCAAGCGUCUUAAUGGAAUACUUUGCAAGUGAUUCACGAGUACUAUCCAUGUUUGCUAAACAUUAUCAAACAAAUGAACAAAUUCCAGAUUAUUUGUUACAAAAGCUAUGCGCUUCUAAACAUAUUUUUUGCGCAUCCGAACUGCAAAAUCAAGUAUUUUAUAGUAUGUUGGAUCACGUUUAUCAUAGCAACAAAUUAGAAAGAUCUACUACGGAAAUUUUAAAAGAUAUUCAAGAAAAAUAUUAUGGUUUACCAUAUAUUGAAAAUACGGCAUGGCAGUUGCGAUUUUCUCAUCUAGUAGGAUACGGUGCUAAAUAUUAUUCUUAUUUAAUAUCGCGUGCAAUAGCUUCUUGGAUUUGGCAAACGUACUUUCAAAAUGAUCCCUUGAGUAGAGUUGCCGGUGAAAAGUAUCGUUGGGAAUGUUUAACGCAUGGCGGUGGUAAACCUCCAUCGUUGUUAGUUUCGGAUUUCUUACACAAAACCGCUAGUCCUAGUAAUUUUGCUAAUUCUUUACUAAAUGAAAUUGAUAUAAGAAAUGAAUAUGUUCAAACAAUUAAAAAAUUAAAAUAAUUCAUUUAAUAGUCAAAAUAUAAUUACCAAGAGAAUUGCGUUUAUCCAACAAAAUUCUUUUUAAAUUCUUUCUAAAUUCUAAGAACGAUUGAGUAUGUUUUACUUGAUUAUAAAUGAAAAGCAACAAUAUAGAAAUACAAGCAAUGAUAAAUAAUUAUCUGAAAUUUCUAUUUAUAACUUCAUGUGUGUACAAAUAACCAAUAUAUUUUUAUUGCCUAAAUUAAAGAAAAC